AUGGCCGUACCUACACCCCUGGAGCAAGAACUGGAGGAAUUCUUCAACGAUUUCCUCAAAAUACCUCAACCAUUGCAGGAUGACCCUUCUCGAUUUAGCAAACCCGCCGAGCGGAAGGAAUACUUCAGACAGCGGAUGGACAAGUACCUAAGAAAUGAUGCUCUGAUCAAGCGCCUGAAAGACCCUAGUCUUUCCCCCUUGCUACGUAUAGCGCGAACACCGGGUCAUGCAUGCUUUGAAGCGCUGCAGGUAUUACUGGAAUCCAUGUCCCUAGAAGACAUUGAAUUGCGAGAUCAUCGCGGCCGGACGGCGCUUUCAUACGCCGCCGAACUUCAAAGCAUCCAAUACACGAAGCUCUUGCUGGACUACGGAGCCGAUCCUAACUGGAAAGACAUAGGUGGCCGCACUCCAUUGUCAUGGGCAGUAACGCCUGGACUGGUAUAUGGCCGGAUCAUAGGACCACGAAGAAUAUUUCCGAGGCUAGCAUCGGCCAAUGUUGACGUGAUUGCUUGUCUGUUGGUAAAUGGCGCAGAUAUCAACUCUGAAGACUAUGAGAAGCGCACUCCAUUGAUAUGGGCGAUAGCCCAUAUUUUUACCGACACAACACAAACCUUGAGUGGGCAGGAUGCACAGAGAAAAACAGUGAAAGAAUUACUGUUCAACGAGGAGAUUGAUGUGUGUUGCCAAGAUAGCAGCGGCCAAACACCAUUGAUUCUGGCGGCGAAGGGCGAGAUCUAUUAUCUCAUGGAGCUUCUUAUUGAUCAAGAAGCCGACACUACCAAACGAGACCUGGAUGGUUGCACAUGUUUCUGGCGACUUCUAGAGGCCCGAAGACGAUCGCAGACUGGGAAAGGUCCCGCAUUCAAAGAUCGUGUUUUUUCAUUGAUCAGAAAGGCAGGCGGAUAUUUAGUCCGUUGGGAUAAGGACGAUCGUACCUUGCUAUCAUGGGCCGUGGAGUUCCAGGAUGCAAACAUGGUCGAAGCACUUCUCAAGGAAGGCGUGGAUCCAGAAAUUCCUGACCAAAGCCCUUUGGAUUCUUUCAGUAAAACCCCGUUACUACGAGCAUUGGAAAGCAGCAACGACCAUAUAAUCUCACUGUUCAUACCCCGACCAACCUUUUCGAGCUCUAGCGAGAUACACCACGACCAACAAAAGGACAAGACCACUUUGCAUCUCCUAAUUCAAAAGAGCGACCUGAUAGGCGAGGCCAGAGCCCUGGAGCUACUAAAGAAACUGCUUCAAACCCGCUACGCAGCCAACACGACCGACCUUCUCGAAGGAAGAACUCCGCUGCAUUAUGCAAUUGACCGGAAAAAGGAGAGCCUCGCAAUGGAGCUAAUACAAAACCUAAGCGCAUCAGCACUGAAUGUCGAAGACAACCGUGGCAAGACUCCCCUGCUCUAUGCGUUGGAAAACGAAAUGGUACAUAGCCUUCAGCACCUGGUGCGAUGUGGUGCAAAUAUCAAUCUAUCCCAGCCCAAAAUGUGGUUUGAUCUGGGAGGCCCAGGCCUACGCUAUAUUCGAUUUACGCAGAAACUCAGGUCCUCGGGGUUCAAACUCAUAGGCCAAUCCCCAAAUAAGCACGACUGGUUGCCAAGUGCCGGGGAAAAUAUACUGUGUUUUCACAAGGAAGGAGAUAGGGAAUGGUCACGACUCAGACAGCGGAAGGAAUUCCCGCAACAGAACUAUGAUUACAUCCACUACGCCUGUCUUAAAUCCAGAGAUGGUUCGGCCGAAUGGAUCGAGUCUCACAUGUCGGUUUCCUUCCCAGAUGAAGAGAAUAACUUUCAGGGUAUUGAAUGGAGUGCAGCGAAAGGUAAAGGGUCCGGAUUUGUCACUACGAUCCCAGCCAGUACUUUUCCUGUAAGCUGGAAAGAGUUUUGCAACCAGUUUCUAGAGCACGUGCACCAAAAGUGGGAGGAUGUCUGCUCUGAUGCAAAUAAGGACAUUGAGGGUAUCCGACAAAAACAACUUGAAAAGCAGGGACGAAGCAGAAAAAUAAUCCACGCCCUUGCGCAAAACUCAUUGACACGAGCAAAAUUCCGAAGAUACCUGCAGCAACAUGUUGUAGGGUUGAGAAAAGCAGUCAAGGAUAACUUUAUUAUUGGGUCUUAUGAUGAGAAACACCUAAUAGAAACCAUCAACAAUCUAAACGAGUCCGUGAAAGCAAGACUGGAUAGCCUGGAACAAGCCGCAAAGGAAAUCCUGCAAAUUGAAUUUGCCUGGGUCUCAGUUAGUGAAGCAACAAGUUUAAAACGCAUUAGCUGGGUUACUUUUAUUUUUCUUCCCCUGAUGUUUGCAUCCAGCCUUUUCGGCAUGAACGUCAAUAUACUCGAGAACAACCCGGACUGGAAAUGGUAUCUGAUAAUCGGGGCUUCAUCCCUUCUUCUGACUGUGGCGCUCUGGGUGAUGCUGAAGUUUAUUUCAACCGAAUCAUGGGUGGACAUGAAAAGUUUUUUGUUUCACCGAAGGAAAAGACCGGCUCUUGAAGAAGUUGACUUGAAAGUGUAGGGAUAUAUAAUAUGUACGGUUGGGAUGGUAAGAAAACCAGAUGCGGUGGUGACAGAGAAUGUCAUUAAACGGCUUGUUGAAAAAAUGACGGAGCUGGCUGAUGAAUUGUGUUGUCGUUUUGAUCAAUGGUUUUAUAGUCCUAAGGAUGAGGCAUUUGAUAUGUUGCUGGUUCGGUCAGGUUCACUGGAGGGUCCACGUCAGUUAUUGAGGUCUGGGUUUCAGGACGCACAAGAUAAAGCAGCUGUUUUCCUAUCUCGUUCAUCUCGUUCAUCACGUUCAU